AUGGGGAAGAAGCGAGUCCUCGUAUCGUACGGUGUCGACAUCGACGCCGUCUCGGGAUGGCUGGGUUCAUAUGGCGGCGAAGACAGCGCCAGUGAUAUCAGUCGAGGUCUCUUCGCCGGCCACGUCGGCACACCGCGCCUCCUUAAACUGUUUAAGAAAUACAACAUCAAAGCCACCUGGUUCAUUCCCGGCCACUCGCUCGAAACCUUCCCCGAAGAAUGCGCCAUGGUCCGCGACGCCGGACACGAGAUCGGAUUGCACGGAUACAGCCACGAAAAUCCCACAGACAUGACAAUCGAGCAGCAAAAGAUUAUUCUCGAUAAGACCUAUCGCAUGAUUACCGACUUCUGCGGGAAGCCACCGCGCGGUACGGUUGCGCCGUGGUGGGAGACUUCCCAGGAGAUGACGGAGUUGCUGCUCGACUAUGGGAUUGAGUACGACCAUUCAAUGCUCCAUCAUGAUUGUCAGAUGUAUUGGCUUCGGACGGGCGAUAGCUGGACGAAGAUCAAUUAUAGCCAGAAGCCGGAGACUUGGAUGAAGCCCCUGGAGAGGGGGAAAGAGACUGGGCUGGUCGAGAUUCCCGGGAAUUGGUACCUCGAUGACUUGCCGCCGAUGAUGUUUAUCAAGAAGGCGCCGAAUAGUCAUGGGUGGGUGAAUCCGAGGGAUGUUGAGGAUAUCUGGAAGGACCAUUUUGAUUACUUCUACCGCGAGUAUGAUGAGUUUGUCUUCCCCAUGACCAUUCAUCCAGAUGUUUCUGGUCGUCCGCAUGUUCUUCUUAUGCAUGAAAGGAUCAUUGAACACAUCAAUAAGCAUGAGGGCGUAGAGUGGGUGACAAUGGAGCAGAUGUGCGAUGACUUUAAGAGCAAGAACAAGCCUCCAGCUGGCUCUAGAAUGCCUACUUCCCCAUCAUCAGUACCUAAAUAA